GGUCUCUGCCUGCGCCCCGUCUGUCAUCAUGCCGUCAGCUCCGAUUCUCCGACUUCUCGCUCGUCCUCUCGUUGUGCUACCAUACGCUGCUUCAAAAAUGCACUCCCUCCAAUCAGCUUACAUUCCGCCUCGCGACCGUUUUCCUGAUUUUGUCCCUUGCUCCUACUUCUGCUGUAGGCGUUGCCGUGCCGUGCUGCCGCUCCUACCGUGGAAGCCUAUCGACUCCCUCAACACCGCCAAGAGCAGUCUUCAGGCGGAUAACUGGCAUGCUCUCCUACUUUGUCAAACCUCCACGUGUAUCCAACGUGAUCCCUUGCUUGCCGCAUAUUUAUUUAACCAAUUCUGGAGCAAGUGUAGCUCUCGACCGCUCAAUGUCGGAAAUUCUCUUCCUCUCAGACCAUUUUUCUCGAUAAAUCAGUCGAAAACAUAGAGCCAUAUGUUGAAGACUCCCCGAAAAGGCCUCAGUUGCAGUGGCCUAAGGGUCACUGUCUCUCAAUCAACCGUCUCUUUCGUCCGUCGCGGUUUCAGGGUAGUGUCAAAAUGUUCCAUUGGUGUCGCCAUAGCUCUUCUUCUAUGGUUGGCAAUCAAUUACGCAGAGAAGACUCUUAUGUUAAGAUUGAAAAAUGCCCCCACAAUAUUUAGUAGCUCU